AAAACAAGCAAAGUGGGCUUUUCUUCGCGCACCAAACACGGUUACACGAUCACCGCUCAGCCUUAAGAGUCAAGGCAGAAUCGGAGCUCGCGCAAAGGACUUGUUGUAUGCGACACUAAAUUCCGUUCGGUGUGCAAACCAGAGAAACCACCCCAAGAAUGUCAACUUCAAGCUCAGUCUUCUCCCUCAAGGGCCAAAGUCUGAAAUGCGAUUCAGGCGACGCAAUCGGUCCACAUCUUGAACCACUGAUCGCCGAUCAAGAUGUCCAAGUCGUUGUCUUUGGUGGUAAUACGUUCGGCGUUGGCGCUUGCGAACAGAUUGGAAUCGUCUUGAAAGACAAGCUGAAACUCAAGGAGGCUGAUCUGGCUGAUAUUUUCACCGGGAGAUUGAUUUCUGAAAUCCCUCAAUCUUUGGGCUCUCUAUGCAACUCACUCCUCAACCUUCAAAACUUGACGAUCGUCGAUUUGUCGGAUAACGCCUUCGGAGGCCGAUGCGUGGACGUGAUGGUGCCGUUCUUGUCGUCUCACCUUCCCCUAGAAGAACUCCGACUGGCGAAUAAUGGACUGGGACCAGCUGGAGCUACGGUGAUUGCGAAUGCAUUGCAUCAACUAGGAAUGAAAGCACAAGAGGCUGGACAAACCAGUCGAUUGCGGAAAAUCGUCUGUGGUCGAAAUCGAUGCGAAAAUGGCUCGACUCAAGCCUGGGGAAAGGCGUUUCAAGUUCACCCAGAAUUGAUCGAAGUUCGAUUAUUCCAGAACGAUAUCCGAAACAACGGUUGGGAUCCGAUCAUGGCAGGCCUCUCGCAUUGCUCGAAAUUGCAAGUCCUAGACAUGUGGGACAAUACGGCUACCGAGAAAGGAUCCAAGGCUGUUGCCAACGCGCUGCCCCAUCUAAGCGCCUUGCGUGAAUUGAAUCUGGGCGACUGUCUCUUGAAGCCACGAGGAGGUGCUAUGAUUGCGAGAGCCCUCAAGCUAGGCAACAAUCCUGGUCUCGAGCAUCUCAAACUUUCUGGAAGUGAGAUCGAUGAAGAGGUCGUCGGAUUACUGGUCGACUAUGUCAAGGAAUUCGGGUCGAAGCUCAAAAAGGUCGAGCUGAACGAUAACUAUGGAGACGCGGACGCCGCCGGUGAGCUAUCGGGUAUCUGGGGUGCUAUGAAGGAAGCUUUGGACGCGUGGGAGAACGGGGCUGAAUUGGAUGAACUUGAUGAAAUAAUUGAAAGAGAGUCUGAUGAUGAAGACGAAAACUCGCAGGCGUCCGAUGAUGAUGACGAUGGUGAUAGUGAGGUCGAAGAAAAGUCCGUCGCGGAACAGGAUUCGGCCAAUGAUCAGCUAGCUGCAACCAAAGAAGACGAGGAGGAAGCCAGCGCGAAGCCGACGCACUCGCAUCCAGAAAGCUCAUCCUCCCAGUCAAAGGUCACUCAACCCACCCCACCAGCUGUUCCUGCUACAAGUGUCGAUCAUGAUAUGCAGCCGCCAGAAAUCGUUGAGAAAGGUCCGGAGAGUCAUACUGGAGAGACCGAAGGGACCGCCACAGCGGCCUCCUCGAAAAAAGAGAAACCGAGCAAAGAAGAUGGUCUAUAUGACUUAUUAACCCAGACGAUCGAGGCAUUGAAAAUCACCUGAUCCAGAUGCCUUCUACUUUCAAUCCUUAUCAACUCAUCAUCAUUCUUCUGACCUUAUCAUCAUUUUUUUUUGUUGACUGCAAUGGAUACUUUCGUGAUUUCCCCUGAAUUGCUCGCUUCAAUACUGGCCACUCAGUGUCCUAGGCAGAUUUUGCUUGGAUUUUUUUUUUCUUUGUGUAUGUAUAGGUUUUUAUGAGUCUUUUCUACAGUUCACUUGGCUUUGGUUGUGGACCAGACUGCUCCUAGCAAAUAACAA